AUUGGCAAUCUCAUUUACCAAGAUAUUAUCAAUCGAUUGGCUAUCAACAUGAUCGUACUAAUAGUAGUAUUCAACAUCCAUUAUCUCAUAUGGAUUUUCAAGUUGCUAUUUUAUACAAUAAUCAAAUAUUAAAAUUACUAGAACAAGAUUAUCUUUGGCUAUCAAAGACACCAAGAUUUAUUGGGAGUAAAGACUGGGAGAGUCAUGCAGUACGAACAUUGAAUAUUGCACGCUUUGAAUUAAUAUCAGAGAAUGAUAAUUCAACUAAUAUUCUUGUUUUUAACACUCAUUUAGAUUCUAAAAGUGAACAAGCUCGUCAAGAGCAAGCGAAGAUUGUUCGUUCAACAAUAAACAAAUGGCAAAGGCAAUACCCAACGGAUGUAGUUUUAUUAUUUGGAGAUUUUAAUAGCAUUCCAAAACAAACUCCAUAUGAUAUAUUAACAUCUUCAAAUUUUCUAUAUGAUACGUGGACAAUUUGCAAAGUUCAUUCAUCUACAUGUAUAUCAAAUUCAUUUUCAUCAACUUUCCAUGGUUGGCUUGGAUCAAUACUCAAUACUUAUGCUUUUCAAUUUCUACAGACGAUUGCAUUUACUUUUCAUGGUUUAGGUAUUAUAUUACCGCAUGGACUUCCAAGACAUUAUUUAUCAUAUAUCGAUAUUUUGAAGAAAUUCACAAAAUAUUAUCGUAUGGUCGAUUUAUCGAAAAUGAUGUCAAUAUGGUCUUCACGUCGAUUUCAUGUCGAUUGGAUUUUAUAUCAGAAUUCUAUUGAUGGAAGUAAACAUUUAGAACCUCGAUUCAUAUCUGUUAUUGAUAUUCGAUCUAGUAAUUAUUCUUCUGAUCAUUUUCCUAUUACAGUUGUUUUUCAAGGAUGUUUUAUAAGAUUUUUAAUGAGCAGACAUGGGGAGAGAGGAGAAGCUGGAAAACUUCGGCUUAAAACUUACAUUCACUAUUUUCUUCGACAAUAUAUCUGA